GAAAGACAAGGCGAGCCAUUGCCCGACAAAAGUAGACACUAGACCACUGGGGAGAACUCCCUCUCUCACGUUUGUUGAAGUUACAUUCAACGCGGAACAUAGCAUCCAUUGGCAGCGCCGCAGGCUCCAGAGGUAUAAGUUGGAGCUGGCCGAGAUGGAUAUGGAUGCUACUUUACCCCGUAUAAAAACACAGUCAAGACAACACCUCAAGCCACGAACGGCUCCACAACCGUUUGUCCCGGCUGUGGCGGGAUAUAGUGCCAUGCUGCGGAAGGCUAUCAGACAGUUAUGCCUUGAGUCGAAAUCCGCGUUGCUCUAUGCUACAUGCAAUCGCUCUGUAUGUAUGCACCUUGUGUCUUGCCGCACUACACUACAGAACCCUGUAACGUUGACAAAGGAGAGGCCCGGAUUUAAUAUUCCACGCUUGCUUUUGGGAUCAGCAUGCAAUAAGAGCUCGUUACCUGGCGCUAUAUAUAUGAGACAGCCCGUCCGGGAACUGAAAGCAAGUUCUUUUUUUUUUUCAUCUCAUCGGCCUCCUGUCACUUCAGCACCUUCCAGAAUCCAUCACUCUGGUUACAUAUAUCCACUCAGCUACAAUAAUGCUCCUCAACUCCCUCCUCCUCUGCGCCCUAGGGGCGGCAAUGACCGUUUCUGUAGACGCAGAAGUCCUGAGCGAUCACGGUCGCGAUCAAAAACUUCCAUCUGUCACGGUUCCCGAAUGUCCGAGGAAAGGCAAGGUCGUCUUCGACAAGUCAGUCCCCGAGGGAUUGAAAUUCCCGAAGACUCAAGUCGACCUCUGCUAUAGCAGUGAAACCUCCAAAAUCUCCCCCAUGCUCCAUCUGACCUUCACGGCAUACGAUGAGAAGGAUUUCCAUUUCGACCCCAAACAGGGCACCAACGACGACAUCUGGAAGUAUUCAGUGAUGGAGGCGUUCAUACAGCGCGGCGACGACGCACCGCAGACAUACCUCGAAUUCGAAGUAAACCCGAAUAACGUCACCUACCAGUCGUUCAUUUACAAUCCCUCGCGUGUGCGCGCACCAAACACCCCCCUGGAUCAUGCCUUCAUUUCUGAUCCCUUCGGGAACGAGAUGUUUGCCGAAACCACACUCAAUCGCAGAGCGAAGACCUGGAAGUCUGAAGUCCAGAUCCCGCUUGCGCUCUUUAACGUGCCCGAGAGAGGUCUUCAAGGCACGUGCUGGCGGAUGAAUUUCUUCCGCACCAUCACCUCCCCGGAGACAUUCCCGGAUCAAAAACUGGGUGCUUGGAGCCCGCCUGAUCAGCCAAACUUCCAUAUGACUCCCUUCUUUGGCCAUGUGAUUUUCGUCUAGAGCAUAACGCUUUCUUUCUAGUGGGAGCAGUGGGGUUUUUUUUAUAUUCAGCGGCGAAUAUGCUGCACGCUCACUUUUCAUAGUUUGCCCGUUCGACUCUGGCAUGGAUCCUGUGCCCCGGUUUGAUGUAUUUAUCUGUCCCACUUUGUUGCUUCAUUAUUGCCGGUUGAUGAAUCAAUGAGCAGCCAUUUGAUGUGCCUAAGAAUCCAAUUUAACGUAAAAUUUCCUCAUUUCCAUUCCUUUUAAGUCGCGCAUAGGUAGCCCCAAUGGAAUGCAUUAUAGUUGCAAAUCAUCGGGUGUCACCGCUUCCAUGCAUCUUUUCAUAUGAACGGAAAUGCAGGGUGUUGUUGUGCAUGAGCAUGUCGCUGAAACAAAGAGUCUCGAGGGGUAUUCGCCCUUACCUUUAAUUAAUCCGCAGAAAGAAAAGCCCAACAAAAAGGAGAAGCGUGGCAUUUGUCCCAAUAAUUAAAUCACAGCCAGUGCAUUUUUCCUUUUCGCUUCAUGCUAUUUUUUUUCAUUUUUUUCCCCAUGUAUUUUCCAUUUUGAGGAGGGGUAUUGCACCGCGACCCAUGGAGCUUUUAGUGCCUUUGUUCCCCCGAGCACGACCUGGAACCGCCUGAAGAAUUGGUAGCGGGGGUUGAAUGUAGAGGAUGAGCUAAUGAGACAUGGGCCACUAUUAAUUGCACCCUGCAAAUGUAAUCCUCGUGGGUUUUUGGCAUUCGGCUGGCAACCUCG